AUGUGUUCGAAGGACUUCGUCGACUCUUGCUUGAUUGUACUAUGCCUUCCGCUUAAGGGGUGGAAAAAGUUUCAAUAUGGCGCCGGCAUAUGCUACAAUAGAUCCGGCUACACUUGGCCUAGCUCCGUCGAAGUCAACGUCACCACCCCCACCGCCAUCAACAUCCGCUCGUCCACCGCCUCCUCCGGCAUCAACAUCAGCUCCUCCACCGCCUCCUCCAGCAUCAACAUCAAAGCCGCCAUCCCAUCGCCAAGCGUCGUCAACACCAGCGCCAUCGCGUUUAGCGUCAACAUCCAUUCCACCACCACCUGA